AGAGCGACAGGCCUAGCGAACAUAUAUGUAAGUGCGUGUCUUUCGUGCAGACAAUUAUUUCGGGAAUAUUGUACAGAUAGAAUAGCAGCGUGCCGUGCACUAGUCACAAAUGUGAUAAAACUUUUAGUGAAGAUGAAGAUUUUACAGGACGAUUUGUUACUUUACGUCCUAAUCUCAUUACUUAGCGGAAACGUAGCAAAUGCACAAAAUCAGGAUGACGCACAAAAUAGCAACGCCAUCGAUAGAUUAUCAACAAAUGUUAAACCUAUUUCAUACUCUAUCUUACUGAUUCCAAAUUUACAAGACAAUAUAUGUCGGGGCAACUCAAAAAUUACUGUUGUGAUACAAGAACACGCAACUAACAAUAUUACACUUCAUGUAGGAAGCCUAAUCGAAAUCAAAACAGUAAAUAUUUCAGUACUUGUGCCAAAUUAUGGAAAUCUGCCUCGAAACUUUUCGACUUCGUAUGACAAUAUUACUGAAAUGUACACUAUCAGCACCUCCGAAACCUUCGCAAAGGAUGAUCAUAUAGAAAUUACAUUUGUAUGGCGUGGAAUCAUGUUAGAUGACAAAAAUAUGGUCGGAUUUUAUAGAAGUUCUUACUUCGACGACAACGGACAGAUCAAAUGGCUAGCUGUGACACAAUUUGGAAUGACAUAUGCGAGACAUGCCUUUCCAUGUUUCGAUGAGCCGAGUUUUAAGGCAAAAUUCAAUAUCUCUAUAGUAAGAGACGACAAUUAUAGGAGUCUUAGUAAUAUGCCAUUAACAUUAACUAGAGAACUGAUAGAUUUUAAAGACAAGAGCUGUGAUAUUUUCGAUCAAAGCAUCCCAAUACCUACUUACUUGGUGACCUUUGUGAUUUCGGAAUUCGAUUUUCGAAAUUCAACUUCUUCUGGAGGAAUUCAAUUUAAAGUAUGGUCCAAACCAUCCACCAUCAAUCAGACUCAAUACGCUUUGAAGAUCGGCACCACAGCCAUCGAGCUGUUUAACAAAAAGUUCAACGAAAUUUAUAUACUUCCUAAAAUGGACAUAGUGGCCGUACCUGACUUUGGAAACUCAGCCAUGGAAAAUUGGGGAUUGACGACGUAUCGCGAGAGUUUUGUGCUGUACGAUGGGAAAGAAUCGUCAGCGACAGCGCAGCAGAUGGUGACUUCCACGAUCGUACAUGAGCUCGCGCAUCAAUGGUUUGGAAAUUUGGUAACACCAAAAUGGUGGAGCUAUUUUUGGCUUAGCGAAGCGUUCGCUACAUACUUUGAAUAUUUCGCGACUGCGGAGAUCAAGACAACAUGGAAUAUGAAAGAACAAUUUGUGGUACAGCAACAUCAACCUGCAUUAAUAGCGGAUAGUUUUUGUGAUUCUUUACCGAUGACUCGUGUGAUUUCCCGUAAAUUGCUAAACAUUCUAGAUAUGAUUACUUAUUCCAAAGGAGCUAGUAUUGUUCGUAUGAUGAAUCUCAUAUUUGGAACCAAAAUUUUCGAAGACGGGUUACGUAGUUACAUACAAAACAAUAAAGUAAAAGGAUUGGGUCAUCCGGAUGUUUUAUGGAAAGCAAUAAACGAUCAAGUAAUUAAAUCAGUAGAUCCAAGAUUAAAAAGUAUUGAUGUAAAGACAAUAAUGGAUACUUGGACUACAAAAGCCGGAUACCCCGUUGUAACAAUCGUCAUUAAUGACAAUGGCGUAAUAUUACCACUUUAUCAAAAUCGCUUUCUUCUGACAAACUUUACAUGUGAGAGUCCUACGAAUCACACUUGGACUAUCCCGCUCACAUUUACCACACAAAGUAAACCAGACUUUGAUAACACGAUUCCGAAGUAUUGGAUGUCUACCGAAAGAUACAACAUUCGUGUCAAAGUUGAUCCAAAAGAAUGGGUAAUAUUCAACCUUCAAUCAUCAGGUUUCUAUCGUGUAAAUUAUAACAACCGCGGAUGGCAAAACAUUUUUAAUAGCUUGAAAAACGGUAAUCUGGAUGAUAUUCAUGUAUUAAACAGAGCCAGCAUUGUAGACGAUCUGUUAAAUCUGGGUAGAGCAGGUUAUCAAAAUUAUGCUAUGGUUCUCGAUGGAUUGCUUUAUCUUAAAAGGGAAACGAAUUAUUUACCCUUUAAAGCAGCAUUUAACGGUUUCGAAUAUUUAAAUAUGCGAUUUACAGGACACGAGGAACACUCUUACUUUAAGUUAUAUGUUCUGUCUCUUAUCGAUAAUAUACACAUGCAGCUAAGAUAUGAGGAUAAAGAAAAUGAUGACAGAUUAACGAUUCUAUUACGACAAGAGGUGAAUAAUUGGCUCUGUAAAUUCGACGAUAACGAAUGUGUAACAAUUUACAAAGAGAAAUUUAAACAGUGGAGAACAAAUGCUACUGCCCGUAUCAUGCCAAACGAAAGGACCAUAGCGUAUUGUAUAGCCAUGAGAUAUGGAACUUCUGAAGACUGGGAUUUUUUGUGGAAAGAGUAUCUUAACUCCAAUUAUCCGAGCGACCAAAUGGUGAUUCUUGAAGCAUUAGGAUGCAGUCAGAAUACCACCAUCUUAGAAAAGUAUCUGCUAUAUGCCAUUACCAAUUAUGAAACCAAUCGAAUUCGUAGACAGGACAGCGUGAUCGUUUUUGAUGCCGUUUGUAAGGGUGCCAACUCUAAUCUGCUUGGCGUCAAUUUUGUUUUAAGUUUUGUUGAAAUAUAUCACAAAAAAAUAGAAAACUACCACGAUGAGGGCAUAAUAGCUUUCCUCAGUCAAGCGUCGAAGUAUCUCUCUACCGUCGAAUUAGUGAACAAAUUCGAAGAACUCAUAGACAGUCGCAAGGUAGAUUUCAAACAGUCAAUUCGAACAGUUUUGAAGCGAUCCUUAAAGAUCGCUCAGUUUGAAUUGGUAUGGUAUAACUUCUAUGCAAGGUCUAUAAUUCAAUGGCUACGAGCACCCCAUUUCAAGCCAGCAUUUCGCCUACCAACGAAUAUAAAACCUAAAAGAUAUGUCAUUUCCAUUACGCCUUAUCUUGAGGGGAAUUUUACGUUCGAUGGAAAGGUGAGGAUCUCAGCAGACAUUGUGCAACCGACAAGCCUGAUCAUUUUGCACUCGUCAAAACUUGAACAUCGCAAAGUGAACGUGACGGCCGAUCGGAAACGAGUUAACAUUCUAAAAAAGAAGAUUGUAAACGAAUAUGACUUUUACGUGAUAUAUCUUGAAAAAAAACUAAGAGCUAAAACGAAAUUGAUCAUCGAAAUUGAAUAUACAGGUCAUUUGAAUGCGACAGAGCAUUAUGGCUUUUACAAAAGUUCUUACGUGAAUGACAAGGGGGAAACAAGAUGGCUUGCAACCUCAAAGUUUGAACCUACUAACGCCAGAAAAAUGUUCCCUUGCUUCGAUGAACCAGCAAUGAAAGCGAUAUUCGAUAUUCAUGUUAUUGUACCGUCAAAUUACGAAGCCAUCAGUAAUAUGGAACAGUCUACAAAAAAGAAUCUAGGUGGUCGUGUUAUGUACCACUUCAAAGAGUCAGUGCUGAUGUCAACGUAUUUAGUGGCACUUAUCGUUUCCGAUUUCAAGUCUAUAUCUGUACAAACGAAUAGAACCAGAUUCGCUGUGUUCGCACGUCCCAACGCCAUCAAUCAAGCCCGUUAUGCUUUAUCCGUAAUGUCUCCAUUGGUGAAUUUCUUCGAAAAUACAUACAAACAGGAAUAUCCGCACUCACAGCUUCUUAUGGCUGCGAUACCCGAUUUCCCAUCAGGCGCAAUGGAGAAUUGGGGCCUUAUAACAUACAGGGAAACGUUAAUGUUAUUCGACAAGAAUCACUCACCGAUUACAAGCAAGAAGAAUAUCAGAUCUGUGAUUGCUCAUGAGAUCGCCCAUCAAUGGUUCGGAAAUUUGGUCAGUCCUCUGUGGUGGAAGUAUCUAUGGUUGAACGAGGGAUUUGCUAGAUACUUCCAAUAUCACGCUCCCGCUCGUGCAUUUAAUGACAUGGCAUUGGAAUCGCAAUUUGUGGUAGAGCAAGUACAUCUUGCUUUAAUUGCAGACAGUUCCCAAUUUACACACCCUAUAAGUCGUGACGUUACAACUCCUUCUGAAAUUCAAAGUAACUUCGAUACAAUCACUUAUUCCAAAGGUGGUAGCCUACUGAGAAUGAUCGAAAAGGUAUACGGAAUCGAUGUGUUCAAUGACGCAUUAACUGACUAUCUUAAUAAAUGGAAAUACAGCGUUGCCACGCCAGAAGACCUGUACGCAUCUUUUCAACUAAAACUGAAUGAAAAAGGAUAUCAAACACUGAAACACAAUGUCAAAGUCUAUUUAGACACUUGGACAACUCAACCUGGCUAUCCAGUCAUUAAUGUCGCUGUUACAGAAAAUUUCAUAGUUAUAGAACAAAAACGUUUCUUCUUAAAACAGCUAAAUAAAUCUGAUAAUACUAUUUGGCACAUCCCAAUUACGUGGGCAUCAGUCGAGAAUAAGUCAGAAUUCUUUAAUACAACGCCGAUAUUUUGGAUGACAGAAAGAAAAAUAAGAAGAAGAAAAUUGUCAGAUUUGUCACUUUUAAUAUUUAACACGCAGCAAUCAGGUUAUUACCGUGUAAAUUAUGAUAAAAAAAAUUGGAUACAACUGAUUGAUUAUCUUAAAAAUGAGAAUUUUGAAACAAUUCAUGAAAUCAAUCGCGCAGCAUUGAUUGAUGAUCUUAUGAAUCUUGCAAGAGCAGCAUACGUUGAUUACGAGAUUGCUAUAUCUGCCAUAAUGUAUUUGGAAAAAGAAAAUAAUUAUUUACCCUGGCGUGCGUUUUUCAAUAAUUUGCUUUACCUGAACAACCGUUUUAGAGGAAGCGAGAUGGAAGACAUAUAUAAAAAAUGGAUAACAUUCUUAAUAGGACGAAUUUACGCACAAUUAGGCUUUGAGGAUACCCCGAGCGACAACGAUCAAAUUAGGAUAUUCAGAAUACAUACUCGCAGAUGGGCCUGUAAAUAUAUAGAUAUAUCACAUUGUAAAGUGUACGCUCUAAGAUAUUUUCAAAAAUUCCAACAUUCAAAAAUAAUACCUCCAAAUUACCGCGAUGUCGUUUACUGUACAGCUAUGAGAUUGGAUAUGACACGGACUACUUAUAACUUUCUCUGGAAGGAAUAUUUAAACAGCAAUGUCGUCACAGAUAAACUUGUAAUUCUUAAUUCAUUAGCUUGUUCAGAAAAUAAAGAUGUUUUAGAAACAUUAUUGAGGGAUGCAAUCGCAGAGAAUUCAUCUAUACGGUAUCAAGAUUGUGGAAGUGUAUUCCAAAGUAUUUAUAGUGCAAGUUUAAUUGGCGUUGAAGUUGUCAUAAAAGUGAUUGAAACGUAUUACGAUGAUAUAUUGCAUCGACAUUUUAAUAAUUAUUCAAAAAUCUCCAGUUUAGUAAAAGCUUUGGCAUUGAGAUUAUCUACUGUUGAGCUCUUUAAUCAGUAUAAAAAAUUACUCGACUGGCUAGUUAAUAAAGAACCAAAAUUUAAAAAAAACAUCAAAUUCUACUUAAAAAUAGCAGAACAUGAAAUUUAUUGGUACAGAGGAAGAGUAUCAGAAAUUAUUGAAGCAUUGAACAAUCAAUUUCUAAAUACGUAUCAAAAAUAUAAAUAUUUACCGAAGACACUUUAUCCAAAACUGUAUAACGUACAUCUCACACCUUAUAUGGAAAAAGGCGUCUUUGAAGGAAAAGUGGAAAUAUAUAUGACAGUUCGGGAAAAUACUACGUUGAUAGCUCUCAAUUCUCACAAACUUGAUAUCUUAAAUAUCACAGUUUUCAGAAAUGGCGCAGAAAUAAAAUUGCAGAAUUAUACGGAGCAUAUCCCGCAACAAUUAAGAAUAUAUUUAUCCAACUACGUAUAUACAAAUGAGGAGAUAAUGGUGGAAAUCCAUUUUAACGGGACACUUAAUGAUGAUCUGAAUGGAUUCUAUCGUAGUUCAUAUUUCGAUAAUAAUACAACGCACCAUUGGCUGGCUGCAACUCAAUUCCAGCCUAUGUAUGCAAGACAAGUUUUUCCAUGCUUCGACGAACCAGCAUUUAAAUCGAAUUUCACAAUUAAUAUUCAGAGGAUGAUUUAUUACAAUUCUCUGAGCAAUAUGCCACUCAAAACAAAAACUACAAUUUCAAACAACAAUAUCUAUGUGUUGGAUACAUUCCAUACUAGUAAUGCUAUGCCGACAUAUCUGAUAGCAUUUGUUGUCUCUGAGUUUAAACCUGUAAAUAAUCUUGAAAGUGGAACUUUCAAUAUAUGGGGUAGACCAGAAAUUGCGACAUAUGGCCAAUACGCUCAAGAUAUUGGUACACAGCUUAUUAACGAGUUGCAGAAAAUUAUGAUGAUCAACUAUGCUUUACCUAAGCUGGACUUGAUAGGAAUUCCAGAUUUCUUCCUGGGCGCAAUGGAAAACUGGGGCCUUGCUACUUUAGAUGAAUACGAACUUUUCUAUAAUAAGGAAACAAUUACAUCCUCAUGCGAAAAAUCUAUAAUCACCAUAAUAGCGAAAGAACUGACUCAUAUGUGGUUCGGAAAUCUCAUUUGCGACUGGUCGGAUUAUGUUUGGCUCAACAAAGGUUUCAUGCAAUAUUUCCAAUGGUUUACAUCUGAUCGAAUACGUCCCGAUUUCAAGUUCAUGGAUCAAUUCGUGGUUUACGAGCUACAUCCUGCUCUAUCAAAAGUUGCUCCGAUUUUAUCACACACAAUGACGUAUCCUGUCGAAAUACCAAAAGAAAAAAUUGUUUUUGACUACGCUACUUACGAUGAGAGAUCCGCUUGUAUCUUACGAAUGAUUUUUAAUGCAUUUGACCAAGAAGCUCACAUAUGGGCAUUCGGUAAUUUAACGAAACAAAUGUAUUAUCGUACUGUACGUCCUGCGGAUUUAUGGAGAAGCUUCGAAUCGUUUGUAUCGACGCCAAUUAAAAAUACAGGCAUCGAAAGAAUUAUGAAUACGUGGAUAAAUCAAUCGGGAUAUCCCGUCGUAAAUGCUACAGUAAAUAAUGACGUACUAACUCUAACUCAGGAACGGUUUCUAAUAAAUAGAAAUAUCUCUGGCAAUGAAAUUUAUUGGAUACCAAUUGAUAUAUUCGGUCCAUUCAAUAUAUUUACUAAUGUAUCUUCAAUGUGCAAAAUAUGGUUAAGCUCAAAACCGGAGAGAAUGUAUAUUAAUCUUAAUCGUACUAAUAAUUGGUUCCUCGUGAAUUACAAGCAAACUGGCUUCUACCGUGUUAAUUACGAUACUUCUUCAUGGAAAGCAUUAAUCAAUAAGCUAAAUGAUAAAGGAUUCGAAGAUAUUAAUGUCUUGAAUCGUGCACAAAUUAUAGACGAUCUUUUUAACUUGGCUCACGCUAAUUACGUAGAUUACGAAUUACUGAUGAAUGCAUCGAAAUAUUUGAGACAAGAGACAAAUCAUUUGCCCUGGAAGGCAUUCUUCAACGGUCUAUCAUAUAUUCAUGAAAGACUUGAUCAGCACUUUUUUCAAAAGGAGCUAAAUGAAUAUGUGUUGGAUUUAUUAUCUGAGAUAUAUGAUAAUAUAGGUUUUGAUGAUCGCGAAAAUGAUGAGCAUUUAGAUAAGUUAAAUCGGGAAAUGAUUCUUCAAUGGACUUGCAAGUUAAAUAAACCGGAAUGUAUCAAGAAAUCUGUAGAUCUAUUUGCGGCUUGGCGUAAAAACACUUCCGAACGGUAA